AUGGCUCUCUCCUCCAUGUCUGCCUGGAUACCCGACCCAGCUAGCCGCCAGCCGCUGACAGUGCACACAUUCACACAAGACAUUUUGCCGCCCAUCUUGUUCUACUAUCUCACCGGCCUGCUCGUGCUCAUCCCCCGGACAUAUCCCAUCCGCCUCGCUCUGCUGCCCAUAACCCUCUAUACAACAUUCAAAGCAUCCACCCAGAUAGAUCUAGCAAAGGGCUAUGCAGAGGAACCCAGCCUGGUGUACAUGAACCAAGGCCUCCUUCUGGCCAUGAUCACGCUGGGCAUACGCGCGACGAUAUGGACCUUCCAGCUCGAGCCGUACAAGCGCGCUAAAUCCAACGGCCUCAUCCUCGACUCUUUCGACCUCUUCUUCAGCCUGCGCGGCAUCGGCUGGUCCUGGUCCACAGGGCUCAAAGUCACCAAAGACAGCCGCAACACCGCCCACCCGCCCUCCUUCAUCCUCUCCUCCCUCCUCUCCCUCCUCUUCCACUACCACCUCUUCGACUUUCUCCUCUUUUCCGUGCAAUCCUUCGGCGACCUCUCCAACCCCCUCGGCGCGUCCAUCUUCGACCCCGCGCUCCCCGCGCCCCUCCGCUACCUCCGCUCGUCCUUCAUCUGCUUCCUCGCCGGUCUGGCAGUCUACCACGCCAUCCAGCUGCUCUACUACACCGCCACACUCAUCGGCCUCGUCCUCCUCCGCCAGUCACCCGACCAGUGGCCCCCGCUCUUCGACGCACCCUGGUUCACCACCUCCCUCAACCUCUUCUGGAGCCUCCGCUGGCACCAGCUCUUCCGCCACAACUUCAUCGCCUUCGGCGGGUACCCCGGAUACAUCCUCUUCGGCCGCUUGGGCGGCGUGGCCGGUGCGUUCCUCGUCUCGGGCCUAUUGCACUAUUGGGGUCUGUGGGGGAUGGGGCGGGGCACGGAUUUUUAUGGUGCCGCGGGCUUCUUUUUGAUGAUGGGUGUAGGCACCGUGUUGGAGUUUGCGUUCAAGAGUGUGACGGGGAGGAAGGUGCGUGGGUUUUGGGGAUGGAUGUGGUCCAUGCUUUGGGUGCUUGGAUGGGGCAAUAUUCUCGUCGAGGCCUGGCUUGUCCGUGGGCUUGCAGCGAGCAAGUUCCAGCCCCAGCAUACGAGACCGUCGCUUAUGGUCGCCGAGCUUGUCAAGCACAACUUGCGCGCUUGGGGGUACAACACUACUAUAUAA